CAAUUUAUGUUACUAUUAAUCCCUUAGCUUCUUUAUAAAAUAAAAAACAAUUUUUCCUUUAGUAGUUUCAUGGAUCCAAAGUAAGGAACAAAAAGUGUCUAAUCACUUUAGAUAUCAAGAACUCUUUUUCUCUCAAUCUCCAUUCUCUCCAUCUCUCUCAAUCUUUCAAAUUCCUUAAGAGAAGAAAAAAAACCUCAAGAAUGGCAUUAAGUAAUAAUGUGAUAGGGUGCAUUAACUUUGUAGCCAUGCUUCUUUCAAUCCCAGUAAUUGGUGCUGGAAUUUGGCUAGCAAUGGAACCUGACAACUCUUGUGUCAAGAUUCUACAAUGGCCAGUUAUUAUAUUAGGAGUUCUUAUUUUAGUAGUAGCACUUGCUGGUUUUAUUGGUGGAUUUUGGAGAAUUCCAGCAUUACUAAUUUUCUACCUUAUUGCUAUGCUUGUUCUAAUAAUUUUGCUAGCAUGUUUGGUAGUAUUUAUUUAUAUGGUGACUAUUAGAGGUUCUGGUCAUAUGGAACCAAGUAGGACAUAUUUGGAAUAUCAUCUUGAGGAUUAUUCUGGAUGGCUUAGAAGGAGAGUUCAAGGUCCUUUCAAAUGGGAUAGAAUUAGAAGUUGCCUUAGCUCUACAUCAAUGUGUGCUCAAUUAAAUCAGAGUUAUAAGAUGGCUCAAGAUUUCUUUAAUGCCCCCUUAAGCCCUUUGCAGUCAGGGUGUUGUAAGCCACCAACACAAUGUGGAUACACAUUUGUGAAUCCAACAUAUUGGAUUAGCCCAAUAAACAAUGCAGCAGACAUGGAUUGCUUGAAUUGGAACAAUGACCAAACACAACUUUGCUACUCUUGUGAUUCUUGCAAGGCUGGAUUAUUGGCUAAUUUGAAGAAAGAAUGGAGAAGGGCUGAUAUUAUUCUGCUUAUAACUCUUGUUGGAUUAAUUUGGGUUUAUUUGAUUGGGUGUUGUGCUUUUAGAAAUGCCAAAACUGAAGAAAUAUUCCGCAAGUACAAGCAAGGUUACGCUGAUACUUAGGUUCAGAAUUUAGAGUCGGUGAAUUCAGAACAAGUAUCAUCGUAUCAUUAUAUAUGUAUAUGUAUUUUGAACUGAAAAUAGUGGGUUAAGCUGAACUCACCCUAAACGCUGCGGAUUAUGAGUUAUGUUAAUUUGAUGUAUUGUUUUUAUUAUUAGAAGAAUAGCUAAUUACAAAAUGUGGAAUUUGUGGUUCUCAAGGGUUGUUUUGGUUUUUGUUGUAUUUGUAAAACAUAAGAUUUCAUCUUUGGAUUCCUU